AUAGCUAUAGCAUAAUGAAAGUCACGUUUACUAUUCGGACUAGUUUCGCCUCUAACCUUGUAGCCUUGUAUCCUUGCAAACUGCGGAGUAAUUUUUCGCAUUCCUAUUAUUCAGUGAAGAAGAUUUGUGUUUUCUCUUUCUUAGCACACAAGUCCUGUCCACAUUGUACACUGACCAUGAACAACACAAGCCUUGUUGGAACCUCGUUUGUUCCUCUCGACGAAGGAAAGCUCAGCAGCCAGAUAAACCUUGCUAUUCAUGUAAUGACUCUUGUUAUUGGUUCAGUAGCCAAUAUACUCGUGUUAGCUGUCGUUGUUACCAAGUCUAAAAAGACGGACCAGGAUGUUAUGAUCAUCAAUCUGUGCCUUACAGACUGGCUGAUCAUCAUGGUCAAAUUCCCAUUAAAAUUGGACACAAACCUGGAGUAUAUUAACUGGACGGAUUCCGUUUGUAAAUUUGUGGAAAUAAUACCGACUCUUUGCCAUUACGUGGGGAUAUAUGCUAUCGUUGUCAUGGCUGUUCACAGAUGCCGGGUUCUUUUGAAUCCCUUUAAAGCAAAGAUGAAACUCAAAACUGCUGUAGUUUGCUGUAUUGUCAUAUGGGUUUUGUCUUAUCUCUUUCUUCUACCUUUAAUCUUCUAUCGGGUCGGCUACUUUGGUAAAAGUUGUGUGGUCAUCCCAUUAACAGAUUGUCAAAACCGUUUAUUUCAAAUCUACAGGAUAAUCGGAUAUGUUAUUGCUUUCCCUAUACCUCUCUUGAUCAUUGCAUUUUCGUACUUUCGUCUUGGGAUGCAUUUGUACCGCCAGAGGAUCCCACGGGUCGCCUACGUGCAAGGGAACUUGAACAUGAACGCUGGGCGUAGACAAAAUCUAGAGAUAAUAAAGACUCUAGCUGUGAUUGUGAUCGCAUUCGCUCUAUUUAUGCUCCCAUUAUUCAUAGUCAGGAUUCAAUACGAGGUCAAGAGUAACGCGGAAAGAGUAGCUAAGCAUUAUAUUAAUUUUAUCGUGUACUCGCGACUCAUUGCUCUAUCCCACAGCUGUGUAAAUCCUGUCAUAUAUGGUAGCUUGACCAAACAUUUUCGCCAAAAAUAUAGACAAUGGUUCUGUCAGUGCUUUCAAAGAAAUUUCAAUGUUUCAAGGAUGAAUACUUGGAAUGUCCAAAAUUUCACGGCGACCAACUGUCACCGUCCUGACAUUAUUAUAAUGGCCGGAAAAUUUGGAGAACAUCUCGGUGAAGGAUCCGCGACAGGAUUUUCAAAAUUGGAUGUGCCAUUUUCAACCGAAGCUCACAUUAAUCACAGUAGUCUUUGAUCCAUGAAGAUCUUGAUAGUUGCACUCUUGAUAGUUGCAACGUAUGCAUAUACUUAAUCCGCCAUUAUUCGAUUUAGGAGAAAGACUUGUAACGAACGCUUCCCGAAAACAAUUAUGGGGAAAAAGUUACGAAUGUGUUUAAUCUGUACUUCUUCCACUUUCUCAUACUUUCUCGUGCUUAGAGGAGGAGUGAUUGCAAAGGCCUACGAAUUAUUAUUGGGAUAAAGUUAUGCCGUAUGUGAACUGUUUGUGAUGUCUCUUUUUCGUUUUCAAAGAAAGACUGGUGGCAAAUGUGUCAUGCAUAAAAUUGUGACGCUGGAGUACGGAAUAAAUAGGACCAUUAUAAAAGCGCUUUAGCAGUUAGGAUUAGUAGCAGUUUCCUGCGGACCUCUAAAACUUAGUUCUCAAAUAUCAGAGGCACUGACACCUAACUACCGGGAACAUUAUUCAGGAUCAUCGUGGGAUGAUUUGACACGAUCACCGAAUUCAAGAGUAUAUAAGUGUUUUCAAAAAGAAUAGGAAUACAGUUAGUGGGAAGGACCUCCAUCUUAGGGACAUGCCAUAGUGGCUUCUCCACGUAAAACACUGUAGAAGUAARCAGAUCCCAGUCCACUGGCCCAGUUGCACCAAACUGCAAGGAACCAACUCCAAGAAGAGGCCAAGCAUCAGUAGAGCAAUAACAAUAUAAGUACAAUCGUCUCUUGAGAUUCGUACGGUUAGCAACAUGACGUGAUGAAAACUAUCCCCACCUGACGGAACCUUCAGGUGGACUGCGGAGCUUGGAUCAAAAUUUGCGUCAUCGAAGGCAGCAGAAAAGUCGCCGUCCGUGUUGUGUGAGUACAAGGGGCCUUUGUUUGACUUGGGGAUAACUUGGAUUCAGCCUAAAAGUAGAAUAAAUGAUCGGACAUAUGGUUCAAUUGUUGUUUACAACUUUGUUGGCGAGAGAUGUUUUACCAAUCAACUUUUUCUUCAAAAAAACGUUAUGUCAAAACAGGGGAAGGUGGUUGAAAAAGCUACUCAUGCAUUGAAGAAUUUCAGCCAACCGUUCCAAAAGCAGUAUUYCUUGGCAUUUCACGUCAUUGUCAUCAACGUUGCAGGUCUUGCUCAUAUCUUUGCUGAAGUAAAUCUCCAUUUUACUUUUGCAUUGCAUAAACUCUUGCGCGCAACAGUUGCAGAUGUAGAUGGAUAUACAUUGCAGUAUAGAGCCGUGAGGAUCUGGGACCGAAACUAAUGACGGCUGCGGAAGAGACUGCUAAGUCCAUGGAUCUUCGAAUUCGUAAAAUUCCGCUAUGUUCCUUGCUUAGUCUUGGUCUAAUUUCAGCGUUAAAAUAUUUACAAAUACCAACAUUAAAAUAAAGAGUGAACAAUCUCAAUGAUAGACUCCUUGCAGCACUUUGAAAUGCAGCUCAAUCUGGGGGACAAAAAAAUAUGUUCCAAUUCUCUGGAGAUUGGAAUUCUUUUGUUUUGUCCACCAGAUCGAGCUGCUUUGACGUCACAUGCAAGGGGUCUAUACGAGCACUUUGAAAAUCCUCGGACCUUCACUAGAACACAUGAAUAUGUAUUCUAUACAAAAUCGGGACUAAUCCUGAGAAACAGAGAAUUAGAAACUAGAGAUUGCGAAACUAACCGCAAUUUAUUAAUUAAAA